AAAAUUGAUAUUUAUUCGAUCUUUUUCCUUAUUUGUAAUGGCGAAUGAAUGGAAACAUAUCAAAGUCGCUUUUCUCUCCCUGAUUUGCAUUGGGAUAUAUGUGCACCUAUAUGAUCUGUCCAGCAGGAAUUCUUAUAGUUACAAAACUAUACUCGAAGAAGUUCAGCAGUCUCUGAACAUGCAAGUCCUAAUAAUGAAGAGCGACCAAAGAACAUCGAGUUUUCUGGAUGAAUCUUCAUUUCAUGGUGAGGCAAGUCGUGUAUUUCAAAGUGAGAACAAGAUCAAACUCAACAAUGAGAAAACUGUGAACAAAUUAGAAAACUUAAAAUGGGGUCAAGAAACAACUUCGGGGAAAUUCGAUAAAUUGAAGCAAGGGUUGACAACUAAGGGAUAUCCAAGGAACAAUGAAUAUAAAUUUCCAGUGAUAACAUUGUUCACCUCAUGGUCAGUAGAUAUCGAGAAAUAUCUCUGUCGAAACACAACGGUUCUUAACUGGUUCAGAUUGAAACCGUCCAUAACACCGCUUCUUUUCACAAAUAAUACAGAUCUUAUGAGAAGAGUCCAAAAUAAAGGUUGGAAUGUUCGUCCUGUGGUUAAAACUGGUAUUGGUAUUCCGGUUUUGAAGGACAUGUUUCUUGCUGCCAUGAACUUUUCAAAAUCGACUUUUUAUGCCUACGCAAACGGGGAUAUUCUAUUUACAGAGGGACUAUCAAAAACCGCUUUAGCUGUUGAAAAAACGAUAGGUGUGUACAAUAAUUCAAUUCUUAUUAUAGGACGGAGGACUAACGUACAAAAUAUAUCCAUGCAGGAUGCAGGGGAUUUUGAAUUGUUAAGGAAUAUUUCAAAACAAAGAGGAGAAUUAUUCACUGCAUGGGGUGAGGAUUAUUUCAUAACAAAUGCUAAUUAUCCUUGGAAGGAUAUGCCUGAUGUUGUCAUUGGAAGGCGUGCUUAUGACAAUUUUCUGGUUACAGAAUCUUUGAAGCGAGGAUUCAUUGUUAUAGAUGCAACAAAAACAAUUUUAGCGGUUCAUCACACGACAAAGAGUGGAAAUUUUGAAAAUCGCAAGAAAGAAAAUAACGAUUACAAUGUAAAAAUUAUAUCUAAAUAUUACAGGAAUGAAACUAUUAAUUAUGCCAAAGGUCUCACAAAAUGUGCCAGCUAUUACACUAACUUUUCAUCAAACGACUCAAUCACACUUUUGAAAAAGAAGAAACCAUAUUGUUAAAUUCUUAUUCAUGAUGCUACCUGUGUAUGUGCAUG